ACUAUUAUAAACCAAAGAGAACUGACUGGAAAGAUGAAGACCCGCUGGAAGAUUCCAGUUUUCUUCUUUGCAUGCAGUUUUCUGGGACCCUGGGUAUCUGCGACUCCUAAGCGUCGUCCAAGGGUUCCUGCCAGUCCCAAUGGUGGAACUGAACUGUGUCCCAAGAUCAGGAUUGGCCAAGAUGACUUGCCAGGGUUUGACCUGAUCUCUCAGUUCCAAGUUGAGAGAGCUGCAUCCCGAAGAACGGUCCAGAGGGUGGUGGGGUCCACGGCACUACAAGUGGCUUACAAGUUUGGGAGUGAUGUAGACUUCAGGAUCCCAACAAGGCAUUUGUAUCCCAGUGGACUGCCUGAAGAAUAUUCCUUCUUAACCACUUUCCGGAUGACUGGAAGCACACUUGAGAAGAACUGGAACAUUUGGCAGAUCCAGGAUUCCUCAGGGAAGGAGCAAGUUGGCGUGAGGAUAAACGGCCAAACAAAGUCUGUCUCGUUCUCCUACAAAGGACUGGAUGGAAGUCUCCAGUCGGCAGACUUUUCACGUUUGCCGUCCUUGUUCGACUCCCAGUGGCAUAAGAUCAUGAUUGGUGUGGAAAGGACCAGUGCCACUCUUUUCCUCGACUGCGUCAGGAUUGAGUCCUUACCUAUAAAGCCAAGAGGCCAGAUUGAGACCGAUGGCUUCGCUGUGCUGGGGAAGCUUGCAGACAAUCCUCGGGUUUCUGUUCCUUUUGAACUCCAGUGGAUGCUGAUUCAUUGUGACCCACUGAGACCCAGGAGAGAAACAUGUCAUGAGCUGCCAGUCAGAAGCACGCCCAGCCAGACCACUGAUGACGAGAGAGGUCCUCCUGGUGAGCAGGGGCCUCCAGGGCCUCCUGGGCCUCCUGGAGUUCCGGGCAUAGAUGGCAUUGAUGGUGACCGAGGUCCAAAGGGUCCCGUGGGCCCUCCGGGUCCUCCUGGAGACCCGGGCAAGCCAGGAGCGCCAGGCAAGCCAGGCACACCAGGCGCUGAUGGAUUAACAGGACCUGAUGGAUCCCCUGGCUCUGUUGGACCAAGGGGACAAAAAGGAGAACCUGGUGUACCUGGAUCUCGUGGUUUUCCGGGCCGUGGCAUUCCAGGACCCCCUGGUCCUCCUGGGACCACAGGACUUCCUGGAGAACUUGGCCGUGUAGGACCUAGUGGUGACCCUGGGAAAAGAGGACCACCUGGCCCCCCUGGCCCCCCAGGACCCAGUGGAACAAUUGGAUUUCAUGAUGGAGACCCAUUGUGCCCCAAUUCCUGCCCACCAGGUCGCUCUGGAUACCCAGGCCUUCCAGGCAUGCGGGGUCAUAAAGGGGCAAAAGGAGAAAUUGGUGAACCGGGACGACAAGGACACAAGGGUGAAGAAGGUGACCAGGGAGAACUGGGAGAAGUUGGAGCUCAAGGACCCCCAGGACCUCAAGGUCUGAGAGGCAUCACAGGAACAGUUGGAGACAAAGGAGAAAAAGGUGCUCGGGGAUUAGAUGGAGAGCCCGGGCCACAGGGGAUUCCAGGUGCAGCUGGUGACCAAGGACAGCGGGGCCCUCCAGGAGAAGCAGGUCCCAAGGGAGACAGGGGUGCUCAAGGUUCCCGAGGAAUUCCUGGAUCUCCUGGGCCGAAAGGAGACACGGGCUUGCCAGGUGUAGAUGGUCGCGACGGAAUACCUGGAAUGCCGGGAACAAAGGGUGAAGCGGGAAAGCCUGGACCUCCGGGUGAUGUGGGCUUGCAGGGGUUGCCGGGUGUACCUGGGAUUCCUGGUGAGAAAGGCGUGGCCGGUGAAAAGGGUAACACAGGUGCUCCCGGGAAGCCUGGCCAGUUGGGAAGUUCAGGAAAACCAGGCCAGCAAGGGCCUCCAGGAGAGGUGGGACCUCGAGGACCCAGGGGUCUCCCUGGAAGUAGAGGGGAAGUAGGACCAGAAGGGUCCCCAGGCAUAACAGGCAAACUGGGACCUCGUGGGAGCCCUGGCCUUCCUGGCUUGCCUGGGCCCCCUGGACUUCCUGGAAUGAAAGGCGACAGGGGUGUAUUUGGCGAACCAGGUCCCAAGGGUGAGCAGGGUGCCUCUGGUGAAGAAGGUGAAGCUGGGGAAAGGGGCGAUCUUGGAGAUAUGGGAUCACCUGGCCCAAAAGGAUCUGUGGGUAAUCCUGGGGAACCUGGCCUGAGGGGCCCUGAAGGAGUCAGAGGGCUUCCUGGAAUGGAAGGACCAAGAGGACCUCCUGGACCCCGGGGUGUGCAGGGAGAACAAGGUGCCACUGGGCUGCCUGGUAUCCAGGGCCCUCCGGGCAGAGCACCAACAGAUCAGCACAUCAAGCAGGUUUGCAUGAGAGUUAUUCAAGAGCAUUUUGCUGAAAUGGCUGCUAGUCUCAAGAGACCAGAUGCAGGAGCCUCAGGUCUUCCUGGGAGGCCUGGUCCCCCUGGGCCUCCAGGCCCCCCUGGAGAGAAUGGUUUCCCGGGUCAAAUGGGAAUUCGUGGUCUCCCUGGCAUUAAGGGCCCCCCUGGCGCUCUUGGGUUAAGAGGACCUAAAGGUGACUUGGGAGAGAAAGGAGAACGUGGCCCUCCAGGAAGAGGUCCGAAGGGUUUGCCUGGAGCUAUAGGUCUCCCAGGUGAUCCCGGCCCUGCCAGCUACGGGAAAAAUGGCCGAGAUGGAGAACAAGGUCCUCCAGGAGUGGCAGGAAUUCCUGGUGUGCCUGGGCCCCCAGGUCCCCCAGGCCCUCCUGGUUUCUGUGAGCCAGCUUCUUGCACCCUGCAGUCUGGUCAACGUGCCUUUAGCAAAGGGCCUGACAAGUGAAAGCCUUAGCGUUAGGGGUCCUCUUCACAAACCAUGCCUUGGAGAGGAGCAGG